GUACUUUGAUUUACUACCAGGCCUGGUUUGGGCAAGCCUUGAUGUGUAUCUGUCUGGGCAGGGUUACAAAUCAAUUUCUAGCCUUUUAGGCUCUGGGCCUCAACAACAUCGCAGUCAGAGCCAUAAUGUCCAAAUCGCGAACUACAGUGCAUCUUCCCUAGAGUCUUUAUACUGCCAAUGUUUCUCCAAAGGCAAGGCGUCGAUUGAUUAAACGACUUGUAUUAGCAAAGGUUCGCCGGUAUAUAUGGCUCGACUAUAUUUCGUCUUCCCCUCGGCCUGUUCAGACAAGUUGGUCGGCAGUGCGUUCGCUGCUGUUCUCCCAUGCCCGUCCAAACAAGCCUGCACUUUUUGUGUGUAUUCGCUCUCUGGCUAGAUUGGAGUCCAGUCUGUUUGCGUUUCUGGGAAGUCUGUUGUUAGGCUCGCUCUCUCGGUGUGUCCAACGCCAGGGUGGUGUCUGUUUCCCCCGGCCCUCUGCUCCGUGUGGAGGGCCAGCCAGUGUCGCUGCGCUGUGAUGUCACUGACUACGAGGGGCCCAGGGAGCAGGAUUUCGAGUGGACUAUGACCGUGGCAUCGAAGACCAUCCCAGUCAUCUCCACAUUUGACCCCAAGUACUCGGACUCGUCACUAAGCAACCGGGUUACGAGCGGUGACCUGGCUGUGGUCCGACUUGGGGACAGCUCAGUGGAGCUGAAGAUACAGAAAGUGAGGUCAUCAGACAGCGCCACAUACACCUGCAGUACGCCCAGUACGGACUCUGUCAUCACCGGCAACUACAAAGCUGACGUGACGCUCAAAGUAAUUGCUGACACACUGAAGGUAACCACGGUGACCCCAGAGCCCAUUGUCCCAGAGGGCGGUGACAUCACCCUCUUCUGCAACAUCUCCCGCCAGUUCACCGAUCCCACCUACUUGUCCGUCACCUGGUCGCUAAAUAAAACCGGUGUCUCUUCGGCGGACAUCCUGAGUUUUGGCCCUGAUGGGGGUGUCGUCACCGCGAGUAGCUACGCCCAGCGAUAUGCCGAGGGAGGGCUUCGAUUGGCAGUUCGCGGAGACGGGUUGUUUGGAUUGGUUAUUACCAGGGUGACGCAGGGCGACGCGGGGACAUACAUGUGCACGGGGAAGGAGUGGACUCACGAGGCGGGGGGGCGGUGGAAGAGCAUCUUGGGGAAGACUGUGAAGAUGGGAGCUGUGGCCGUCACACCUACAGCUCAGUCUCUGUCUGUGGAGGCCCGGUCCAACACCACCCUCAACAUGGACGACACCCUGACCCUCACCUGCCUGGUCGCCGUCGCCAACCUGGCCUCCGUGGCCCUGGAGGUCAACUGGCUAAUGAACGGGGGCUCUGUGGUCAGCCUGGGUCGCGACGGGGUGGUCGUUGAUGGCUCCCCCUUGGUGGGGCUGGAGCGGGCGGGACCGGGGGACUUCAGACUGGUGGUGAGGGGGGUACGGAAAGCAAACGAGGGCGAGUACUCUUGCAGGGUCCGGGCCUGGAUCAGCCGAGGAGGACCGGGGGGCGGGUGGUAUCAGGCUGCAGAGAAGACUUCCAACCCAGUCCAGGUUCUGGUAACACGGAUCAUUUUUCCCCCUACAGUAAUUGCUGACACACUGAAGGUAACCACGGUGACCCCAGAGCCCAUUGUCCCAGAGGGCGGUGACAUCACCCUCUUCUGCAACAUCUCCCGCCAGUUCACCGAUCCCACCUACCUGUCCGUCACCUGGUCGCUAAAUAAAACCGGGGUCUCUUCGGCGGACAUCCUGAGUUUUGGCCCUGAUGGGGGUGUUGUCGCCGCGAGUAGCUACGCCCAGCGAUAUGCCGAGGGAGGGCUCCGAUUGGCUGUUCGUGGAGACGGGUUGUUUGGAUUGGUUAUUACCAGGGUGACGCAGGGCGACGCGGGGACAUACAUGUGCACGGGGAAGGAGUGGACUCACGAGGCGGGGGGGCGGUGGAAGAGCAUCUUGGGGAAGACUGUGAAGAUGGGAGCUGUGGCCGUCACACCAACAGCUCAGUCUCUGUCUUUGGAGGCCCGGUCCGACACCACCCUCAACAUGGACGACACCCUGACCCUCACCUGCCUGGUCGCCGUUGCCAACCUGGCCUCCGUGGCCCUGGAGGUCAACUGGCUAAUGAACGGGGGCUCUGUGGUCAGCCUGGGUCGCGACGGGGUGGUCGUUGAUGGCUCCCCCUUGGUGGGGCUGGAGCGGGCGGGACCGGGGGACUUCAGACUGGUGGUGAGGGGGGUACGGAAAGCAAACGAGGGCGAGUACUCUUGCAGGGUCCGGGCCUGGAUCAGCCGAGGAGGACCGGGGGGCGGGUGGUAUCAGGCUGCAGAGAAGACCUCCAACCCAGUCCAGGUUCUGGUAACACGGAUCAAGUCCUCAGGAGCAUCUUGUGAUGUUAUUGGUAUUGUUUUACGCAGUAUACUUGGCACUGCUGCAAUUAUCAUCCCAGUUUGUUUUUUGGUGUGGAGGAUAAAAACAGGACCACCCAACAACCCUAUGAGGGAAUUUAGGAAGAUAUGUGUUGAGAAUAAAGAGCAAGGAAACCCAAUCAGAGUGGACCAGGGAUUGGGGAAUGGAGAACAAACCAAAUUCAUUUCCGAUGACAAGCUGUAGAUUAUCCAGUCUUUCAGGAUGUGAUUGCUGUUGUCACUGUGCACAGCCCACCUGGUAUUGCAGCGGAUCUCGAUUCUGUCUAAAGACUCAACCAAUCAAAGGCCACAGCCCAUCUUCCUGUAUUCACCUGCUAGUCAUCUGAACAUGCAAAGACAAUGCGCCCCUAAAGGUCAUGUACUCUCAUUAUCUUCAUCUGGCACAGCCAGAAGAAGACUGGCCACCAAUCACAGUCUGGUUUCUCUCUAAUUUGAAUUAGUAAAAUGUGUUAUUUCCUCUUCCUUUCUGUCAGCUAGCCAGCUAGCGUUCAGCGCUGUUUACAUUUCAAUUGGUUAAGUCACUCACAAUGUGAUCUUGAAGUAGUUGUUUUCAUUGCUGCACAAGGGCAAUUAUCAUUGUGGUGAGAGGAUCAUUGGUUCGAGCCCCCCAUGGGAUAGUCGGAGAUUGGAGGAAGCAAUGCUGUUACACACAGGCCACUAAUGUAAACUGAAUGGAGUUUUGGCAGAUAUGGCAAUUAUUUUCCAGUGUUGGAGAUCACAUCUGCUAGAAUGUCUUCUUAUUUUUUUCUGACAGGAGUGAAAACUGGAAUUAUUUCGAUUGCUCUAGGCUGUUUUCAUCACUGACUGUUAGAUACAACCAAUCGAUCCCCUGCAUGGUUUUUGACACACCCUUCUAAUUAUAGAAUACAAUAAAGAAACUGGGAUAUCUUACCUGAGGAAAAUGGGAAAUGUUGCAUGAUGAAAAAAGGAAAUAGAUAAAUGAUUAAACUGUGCUAGGCCUGGGAAAAAAAUAAAAGUGAGGUGUUG